AUGGCAAAGGGUACGGUUGGGCAAUGGCGAGUUGGCGAAUAUGAGAGGUCUGAGGAGUUACAGGUUGCUGUUAAUGGGAUGACGGCACCUCUGUUGUCUGCGAGAAACCGUGAUGGUUCGGUCCUCACAACCUACGCGAACGAUGACAGCGGUCUGGAAAGACACAAGCGGCUCAAUAAGGCAUAUAUCAAAGAACUUGAAAAUCGAGGAUUGCUUGAUGAUGAGGACCCUCACACCAUCCAGGAAUCAUCAGAAGUGGCUGGUACCGAUAACGCUUACCCUGCAAGUUCUUCAAGUGAAUCCGAGAUUCUCCCAGAGGCUGCUUUAUUUGCUCCGUCGAAGACGGAGUCGGAGAUGUCAGAGGAUGAUCUACCCAGGGCCACCGGAAACGGUCUCAAUACGGCCACCAAAUGA